CCCCUACCCACUCACAAAUUCCCCUCCCUUCACGUGAUUUCCCCUUUCCGCCCUUACAGCUCUGCAGCAGUCGCAGUAGCUCAGCGAACCUCCUUAGGCUCGCCUAUUAGGUUUCCCUUGUUGACCCCUCAGAUACGCAAAGAUGGUUGAGAAGAAGGUGCGCAAGGACGAGAUCGUCACUCGCGAGUACACCAUCAACCUCCACAAGCGCGUCCAUGGCUGCACAUUCAAGAAAAAGGCCCCCAAGGCCAUCAAGGAGAUCCGGAAGUUCGCUGAAAAGAUGAUGAAGACCAAGGAUGUGCGUGUGGAUGUGAAGCUCAACAAGCAAGUAUGGUCACGCGGUGUGCGUAACGUUCCCCGCCGCGUGCGCGUGCGCAUUGCUCGGCGGCGCAAUGAGGAUGAGGACGCCACUGAGGAGUUCUACUCCAUUGUCACUGUGGCGGAUCUCCCUGCUGAGGGCUUCAAGGGUCUUGGCCCCAAGGUGGUGGAGGAUGAGGAGGCCUAAACGGUGUUAUGGUUGAAUACUUGUGUGUUUAGGUUGAAAAUGCAGAGGAAUUUGAGUGCCCGUUGUUGCUGCACACGUGUUGCAACAUGCUAUGACAAACAAGGAGCUCAAACAGGGGUGGUGCACAAUCAGCGAGAGCUUCUGCCGAACAACAGGUGCAACAAUAAUUUGCGCACAAAGCU